UCCACAACACCAGUUGCGGUUCGGUAACAGCCGUUUGGUCAUGUCGGGUACCGCGGAGGAAGACAGCCCGUUUCCCGCUGAUCAUCAGCUGUUUGCCGAAACGUUUUCUCUGAACAGUGUUUAUAAAUUAAGCGGCCAGGAGCUGAAAAUAAAGCAGGUGUACGGGAACAACCUCGGCGUGGCGGCGUCUGUCUGGGAAGCUGCGUUGCAGCUGUGCUGUUAUUUAGAGGCGGAGGCCGUGGAGCUGAGAGGACAGCGGGUCAUCGAACUGGGAGCUGGAACUGGUGUUGUUGGGAUUUUAGCAGCUCGUCAGGGGGCUGUUGUGACAUUGAGGGACCUUCCUGUGGCUCUACCACAACUUGAGGAUAACAUCUCUGCUAACAUGCCCCGUGCUGGUUGGCCUUCUGUCCCUCCCACUGUCCUCCCACUCUCCUGGGGUGAGAACCACACCAGCUUCGAUUCUGACUGGGAUCUGGUGCUUUGCGCGGAUGUAGUCUACCUCCCAUACACAUACCCACUGUUAAUAGCAACACUAAGUCAUUUGUGCAAGAACGGUGCUGUGGCAUAUCUCUCAUCAAAGAUGCGAAAAGAGCACAGAACUGUAGAGUUCUUUGAAGAGUGGUUGCCAAGCAGAUUUAAAGUGGAGCUUGUGCACUAUGACAGCAAACAGAACAUUAACAUCUACAGAGCAUCUCAUCAGAGAGACCAGUAGUCUGUGCUGUAUCACACGUGUUAUAUCACUCAUCAUUCUGCACCAUAUACAUUUUAAUGCUUCCUUCUUUGUUAAACUCUGUGGUCACUACAAAGUACCAGCAGUUUCAGAGAAAAAGUGUUUGGUUUCUUAAUAAAAGGAUGCCUCCUCAUGUCAGGCAACCUCAACUACCUGCCGCGGAGGAUUAAGGGCACUAUUUUAAUGGUGGAUGCAAAAAGGACUGGCACACAGAGUUUAACAUCUGCGUUGCGAACUCACGAUUGCCGGCAUGGGAUGCAGGUGCUCUAACCAGGAUGCCAAAACCCAUGGGCCCUGGAGUCUGUGGCCAGAGCGUCUCUUAGUGCUGAAGACUGAAGCUUACUGACCACCACAUGUACAGCGACUCCUGCUGACCUCCGUCACACUCACCGCCCUAAACCUCACUCCCAUCUGGGUGACGGCACCAAUUGAAUCUCUGUGUUGUGUAUGUUGUUCUGUACUCCUUCGCUUCACCUCAUGACAACCAUAUGCACAAUGACUCCUGCUGGCUUCCAUCACAAGAGCACAAGUCCAUUUUGGGCUUGACAGAGUGCACAUUGCUCUUUAAAUACAGGGUCUGCAAAAGGGUUGGUUUUACGUGUGCAGUAUUCAUGAAUGCGAACAUGAUACCAGUCCAUCAGAGUGGCACCUGUGCUUCUCUUAGACUGCACAAGAUGCACAGCACUGUGGUGUCAAGGACGUAGAUGAAAGUGGAAUGAUUUCUGGCUCGUUAAUGCAUGACCUGUAGCCUGUCAGAGUGAACAGCGGCCACCAAAGCUCCCUGAGGU